AUGUCUGCAGCUCAAGGGAAGGAUGCCGGACUCUGCGGCCUCAGCCUGCGACACUGGGCACUCUCGACCUCCUGCGCCAGCGCCAUCUAUUUUGCUAUCAUGACCGUUCUGGCGAUCUGGGCGAGGUGGACGGUCGGCAACUUGGCGUUUGCGGUCGAGCAGGAGGGCAGCAAGACGGACGCAUGGUCGAGUCCGAAGCUCGUGGGCAUCAUCCUCGCCGUCACCUUCGCCCUCCUCGCCCUCGUUUCCGCCUACCUCGCCUUCCGAGUCUACUCCAAGCCCGAGGACAACCUGAACAGCAUCACGCGGACGUGGCACGUACUGCUCGUCGCUGUCGUGCUCGGUUCGUUCUGCUGUAUCGCUGGAGCGGUCAUGGCGUUUGGCAGCGCGAAGAGCGAUAUCGAGGCGGGCUGCAAAGCGAUUGACACGCAGUGCUUCGCGACAUACGAGGUCAUUCAAUGGGUCUCGAUCUUCUUCGAAGUUGCCGGCGUCGCCCUCCUCAUCGCCACACUCUUCACCGUCCGCCACUACCGGCACGACCUCGGCUCGUCUAGCUCGACCGACGGCGACACCGCCAAGUCGAAGCAGUCUCUACUCGGCUCGGCCUCGAACAAAGGUGACCCAGGCUUGAGUUACAGUCUCCGACACUCGGAUCGCUCGUCGCGCAAGAAACGCGGGUCUCGUCGAGCGGAACUUGGAGAGUACAGCAUGAAAAAGGGCUCGAGGCGGUCCCGCCGAGAUGAGUUCGACGACUUGUACGACAAGCCGCGCGGACGCAGUCGCUCGCGCAGUCGGAGUCGGCUUGACCGCGAUGCGCCGGUUUCGACACCGCUCGACCUCGAGGAGCUCUAG